AUGGCUCACAUCACGGAGGCCAAAACUCUUCCAGUGGAUGCUCACCUGGAGAAGGUUGCCCAGGCUGUCUCUGUCAGAUCCACCGACGACUUGGACGGGAAACCAAACGACGACUUUGACCAGGCUCGUCAGCUCCGCGAGCAAUGGGUCGACAACACCAAGGAAGAACAGAAGCUCCUUCGCAAGCUUGACUGGCGCAUUCUGCCAUGUACCUGGACCUUGUAUCUAUUGGGCUUCCUUGAUCGCGCAAAUGUCGGAAACGCCAAAACCGGUGGUCUCGAAGACGAUUUCGGUCUUACGUCGUCCCAGUACUCCAUCAUCGUACUGGUUUUCUUCAUCUCCUACCUUGUAUGCGAAGUGCCAGCAAACAUGAUCCUCACCCGGGUACGACCGUCGGUCUUUCUCCCUGGCCUCGGCGUCAUCUGGGGCACCUUUGCUGCUCUCAUGGGUGCUACACAGAACUGGAGUCAAUUGGCCGGCCUGCGGUUCCUUUUGGGCGUUGCAGAAGCCGGCUUUGCACCUGGCUGUGCUUUCUAUCUGUCUUGCUGGUAUAGGAGAUACGAGCUCUCGACGCGUUUCGCGCUGCUCUAUACAUCUGUGCCGAUUGCGGGCGCUGUAUCGGGGCUGCUUGCAGGACUGAUCACGGACUACAUGGACGGGACCGCUGGCCUCGCCGGUUGGAGGUGGCUUUUUAUUCUUGAGGGCGUUGCAUCAGUCGUUGCCGCAAUCGUCAUUUACUUCUUCCUGCCCGACUAUCCCUCAACCAGCAAGAGAUUCCUGAACGAGGAGGAACAGAUCCUGGCAUGUAACAGACUCGCUGUCGACGGCAUCGCAUUGGCUCAGGGCGCUGGCGCUGAGAACAUACCUCAUUGGACUGCCUUCAAGAUGACCGUCACCGACUGGAGAGUCUGGGCGCAAUGCUUCCUCUUCGUGCUUGUCACUGGAUCCCAGACCAUGCAAUACUUCAUCCCCACCUUGGUCGGAAGCUUUGGCUGGACUGGUCACAUUGGGCAAUACCACACUAUCCCCGCUUACAUGGCGGCUUUGGUCUACGUUGUCCUGUGUUCCUGGCUCGCCGACCGGUACAAGACAAAGUGGCCAUUCAUCUGUGGCCUGUCUGGCAUUGGCUGCGUCUUGUUCAUCGCGGUCACGACUUCGUCCAACAAGAUGGUUCAAUACGUGCUUACAAUCUUCGCGUUCGGCACCAUCUACGGCUGCUCACCACUCGUCAAGACAUGGGUAUCAGACGUCAUUCCCCAGCCUGCUGCGAAGAGAGCCAUCGCAAUCGCAUUGAUCAACUCGAUCGGUAACGCGUCGUCGAUCUAUUCAACAUGGCUGUGGCCGAAGAAGGAUGCGCCACGGUACAUCCCUGGUUUCGCAACAACGACUACCUGGUUGGGUAUUCUCUGCGUUGCCACUUAUCUUUUCUCGAGACUCUUCAAGAAGUAUCCAGUCGAGCGACAGGACCAUGCUGAGACUAUGGCAGCAGAACUGAGGGCGCGGAGAGAAGCGCAAGAGGGAACUGCCAAAGUCUAG